UGUUGAAGAUAACAAAUACUGAAACCCUGCGGUUAUCGUUCUGUUUUCAGUUUGUCUUUAGCCUAUAUGCAGCUAUAUGUCGACAUAACCUCGAAAUGUCGCUGAUCUUAAAAUUAGUGAGUGUCCUUUCUGUAACUGUAUUCGUUCCGUCCGUAUGUCAACGAGAACAUGCUGGUGUCUAUGUUACGCUCUAUCCACCCAUGAAUGUGUCUUUUGGUUACAUUGGUGACAAGAUGGCCUAUGUAUAUUGGUUUCCACCUCCAGUCUACAUUCAUGUAAAUUUCACCAACACACUGGGGGACCCAAACGAACCUGCACCUGGUAAGACGGACACAGACAGUGGAACAGAUAUAGACACUGAUACAGCGUUGAACAAACAAAAGGAUGUGUCUUACACGUAUAACAAGGACUCUGAUAACAGCACAGACACUAGUGUUUCUAACGUCGUUGACACAAGUAACAAUACCUUGUCAGCUAAGGUACAUAACAGUUCUGUCGCAACUUUAGACUUGUCUAAUGUAAACUCCAGCUCUAAUCAGAGCGAAAACACAACGUCAGGGCCAUCAGUAGCGUCUGUGACAACUGGCCCUGAACAGACCAACACUUCAUCAGGCGAUUAUAAGGCGACCGAGCAUCAUCAAAACCUUACGAUAUGGACGCCAUGGACUCCUAAAUACAUUAAGUAUAAUGACUCCCAGGAAAAACAACCCCUGGAGAAAACUGACAUCGUCAGAUUCCACGAUGGACAUCUACUUGGCUACAUUGUGAAGUGGUGGCCAGACGAGACAACGAAUAUUACUGAAAAGCAAGUGAAUGGGUCAGUGACAGCUCUAUACCUAGACGGACUAACCCCAAACACCAUCUACAGGCUAAACGUGUCUGCUGUUUACAUAGGGGACAAGAUUCUCCAGUCAAAUACGACUUCUUUUAAAACCAGUUAUGAUACCACCAAAACUUGUGAAUGCGAUAAGUAUGGAACAUUAUCUGGCAACAGUAUGUGUAACUUCACGUCGAAGGUGUGGUGCCCGUGUCGCUCUGGUUUCGGAGGACUUUUCUGUGAACAAUGUGCCAUAGGCUACUACAGGAAUGCCCUGGGCCUACCAUGUUGGAAAUGUCCUUGUGAUGAAGAUGCAUCGACAGGUUCCUGCCAUUUCAGGGAGGAGUUUCUCUACUGCGAUAAAUGCAAGAAUGGAUACUUUGGAAAUCUGUGUCACAAGUGUGUGAAAGGUUUUUUCCGAUAUGGUUCGUCAGGACACUGUAAACCGUGUGCCUGCAGAGGAAACAGUGACAAUUGUAACCCUUAUACAGGAGAAUGCAUUGACUGCAAAUAUAACACAACAGGUUUUUCAUGUGACAAGUGCCAGAAAGACUAUGAAGGGGAUGCUCAUAUUUUCAAAAAUUGCACUCACAAAGCGGACCUGAAACCAAAACCUAAGACAAACACUGCCGUGAUCGCAUUAGUGUGCGUGUUAGUGGUCCUCGUUCUCUCGGCAAUUGCAGGAAUCAUCAUCUACAGGAAAUGGAAGGAACAUCCCGCAGCAAAACCCUUCUGGACUGUUGAACUUCAGGACGAUCAUGAAGGUGUCAAUUUCAGUUCUGUUCCUGAAGAUGAUCUUCAUAACACGCAUGUUGAAGACAUGAACUUCUACGAAAAACACGACAAGGCAAAGUCGAAACGAGGAGCAAAGAAGUAUUCCCCACUUCGAGAAGAUCUGUAGUUGUUAACUCAUUCUGCUCAGUCAGAAUAAUGUGCCCAACUACUUGUGUCUGCCUCGCCAUAUUGUCAGCCUGUUAAAUACACAGUCUAGUCAACCUAUCAAAAUAUCAGAUUAAUUUUAGAAGCCUUCAUUCUUAUGAUAAUUAGAAUUUUCAUGUGUGAAUGUAACUUUUUAUUUGUUCAAAAGAAGAUUUAUGGUUUUACUGUUACUAUAUGAGUAAUAAUUAGAGGUUAAAAUAAUUUUAUAACGUUAUUGGAAUUAUCCAUAUUAUACGGGGUAACAAUUUGGUUAAGCUAUUCAAAUGCAGGAAGAGAUUAUCACUAUAAAAAAAAAAAAAAAUGGGUUUCAAAAUAAAAAAUGAUAUGGAUUUCCGAAUGUCAUUGAAUCUCAUUGAAAUAACAUUUUGUAAGAAAAGUAUUAUUAUAAAAUGAAAUACUCUAAUAAUAAUUUGUUUAGAAAAUCUUUCUUCAAAUCAUUUACAGGUGUCCAGUAUGUAUAAAGCUAGUUGUUAAUUUUCUGUAUUAGAAAGUUUGUUUUUUUUCUUUUCUUUUCUGUAAUAUAUAAGAAUGUUUACCCUGUGUUUUUCAAAGUAAGUUGUUUAUUUUCAACAUUACAAAGUGUUUCUUUUUAAAUUUCUGUAUGACUGGUCCAUACACUUGGAUUUGUUUGGGACCAAACUCUCACCUGGAAUUCAUGUAGUGGUAAGAAUUGUUUGAGUUGGCUGAAAUGAAGUUUGAAUGAAUUGAAUUGUGAUCAUGUUUUUCCAUGUAAAAUAAGUGUCUUUUACUCAUUGUUUUAUACCUUUAGUAUGAUCGUUUGAAUUUCUUAACAUUGUGUAGCGUAAUUAUUGUAAAUAUUUGUGACUGAUUGGUUAGUCAUCUGAGAGUAGAAGAACAAAUUUCAAUUGUUGUCUGAGACUGGAAAAACUAUUUUCGAAUGAGAUCUGAGACUGGAAGAACACUUUUCUCAAUAAUGUACAAAAUAACUGUGAAAAACUAUGUAAUGGUUAUUACUGUAUGUACCCUUUAUUCUGCCUGCCUGAUUCCCAUGUAUCCCUCCUCAUUCUGCCUGCCUGAUUCACCAUGUUUCCCUCCUCAUUCUGCCUGCCUGAUUCACCAUGUUUCCCUCCUCAUUCUGAAUGCCUGAUUCCCAUAUUUCCCUCCUCAUUCUGCCUGCCUGAUUCACCAUGUUUCCCUCCUCAUUCUGCCUGCCUGAUUCACCAUGUUUCCCUCCUCAUUCUGCCUGCCUGAUUCCCAUGUUUCCCUCCUUAUUCUGAAUGCCUGAUUCCCAUGUUUCCCUCCUCAUUCUCUGCCUGCCUGAUUCCCAUGUUUCCCUCCUCAUUCUGAAUGCCUGAUUCCCAUGUUUCCCUCCUCAUUCUGUAUGCCUGAUUCCCAUGUUAUCCUCUUCAUGCCUGCCUUGUUCCCAUGUUUCUCUCUUGAUUCUGAUUGCCUUCUUCCCAUGUUUCCCUCCUCAUUCUGAAUGCCUUAUUCCCAUGUUUCCCUCCUCAUUCUGCCUGCCUGAUUCCCAUGUUACCCUCCUCAUUCUGCCUGCCUGAUUUCCAUGUCUCCCUCCUUAUUCUGAAUGCCUGAUUCCCAUGUUUCCCCCCCCCCCUCAUUUUGAAUGCCUGAUUCCAAUGUUUUUCCUCAUUCUGUAUGCCUGAUUACCAUGUUACCCUCCUCAUUCUGCCUGCCUGGUGUCCAUGUUUCCCUCUUGAUUCUGAAUGCCUUAUUCCCAUGUUUCCCUCCUCAUUCUGAAUGCCUUAUUCCCAUGUUUCCCUCCUCAUUCUGAAUGCCUUAUUCCCAUGUUUCCCUCUCCACUAUGAAUUCCUGAUUUCCAUGUUUCCUUCCUCAUUCUGAAUGCCUGAUUCCCAUGUUUCCCUCUUCUCUUAGAAUGCCUGGUUCACAUGUUUCCCUCUGAUUCUGAAUGCUUGUUUCCUAUGAUGUUUCCCUCUUCAUUUUGAAUGCCUAGCGCCUGAUUCCCAUGUUUCCCUCUUCACUCUGAAUGCCUGAUUUCUAUGAUUCUCCCCUUAUUAUGAUAUGCUGAUUACCACAUAUCUUUUUGAGCUACAAUGUUUUAGGGACCUCAAAUUUUCCAUGUAUGUCAAUACAUGUUUGCCUUUCCAACAUUGCCAGACAGGACCAUAAUUUGGUACAGUGGGGAAAUUCCAUUUUCUUAUCCAAUCAGAAUGGUGCAUGUCUGUGAAACAGAUCUGGUUGAGUGACAUACAGUACUGUACCUGGUAUCGUUUCAGCCAUUGUAAAAUAAUAAUAACUUGUAAAUAAAUUAGCCGUGAAGUCAAUAUGAUUAUUGAUCCAAGGAAGAUCAUGUGCUCCUUUUGCACGGGGGAAAUAUCAUCUACUAUGUGUUGAUAAAAAAUUUAUCAUCUUGAAAGUUUUUAAGUCAAAUUCUACCAUGCUGAAACUGGCUUAGAACGUCAUUACGUGGUUCUGGUACAAUUCUAGUACUUUUAUUAUCAUAACAAUCAGAAUGAUGUACAUGUUAUUGAAAUGUGCUAUAUUAGCAGUGCUUCUUGCAAUGUCUGUUCGUCUAUUUGCCAUUUAAAUAGGCCAUGAAAUUAACUGAGUGUGUUCAGUGAUGCUAUUGUGUAAUCUUGUGCGUUUUUGAGCCGUGCAGCUAGCAGUAUGAUGUAAGAUAUUUUAUUGUACAUUGGUAGUUAUUUAACUCACCCUCCCCUGAAAACACAUUUGAACUCUUCCACCUUAAAGGUUGGAAUAGUUCAUUAUGAAAUUUCAGGGAUGAAUGAGUUAACUGGUGAGGGAUUACUCAAGAUAAUGUUGACAACCAAUAUUCAAUAAUAAAUUUUCUAUUGAUACUAAUCCUGUUUUACUAUUGUCAGAUAAUUUCCUCCAGUUUGAAGUUUUUCUAAUAAUGGUCACUGUAAGUUUGAGACGUUGUUUACAUAACGCGUCCAGGUGUGUCACUAGAUCCCAGCUAGGGCACACACAAUUGAUUCUUACCAUCAUUUACCUAUGAUUAUUUUGUGACAGUGGCCAAAAUAAAGAGAUAUCAAGCGAAAUCAACAACGAAACAUGAUAAUAACCAAAAAUUAACGUGAAGUGACGUGAUAUAAGGUGAAAUGUACUGUACUAAGAAAUUCCAUGUAAAACAAUUUUACUAACAGAAAAAUCAGCAUUCUCUGUGAAUUGAGUGAUAAUAAUUUUCUAAUUGAAUCUUGUAAAACUUGUACUAAAAGUACUGAUUAGUGUAUUUCCUCACAAACACUUGUAAUGUCCUACUUGCCUAUAUAACUUUCUUGCCCGAUAUGUAUUUUUUUCUGUAUUUGAACAAUGCUGUGUUAACUUAUUUACCUGUUACUCACUAUGUUAGACAGAGAAAUUGCAAACCAAGGGUAAUCUCUCUGUUUAUCAAGGUCAAGGUUUUGCCAAAAACCAAACAGUUAAAAUAUCUUAGCCCAAAUUUCUCUGUCUUUACACAGGGGAGAUUUGUUUCUUUGACUAGCCUGCCAGUGUUACAAAUCUUCAGUGAACUGCGCUACUCGCCUUUUGCUUCAGUUAUUUUAGCUUGACGUCAUUUCAUUGUUAGCUCACCUGGCCCACAGGGCCAAGUGAGCUUAUGCCGUGGUGCGGCUGUAGGCCGGCUGGCCGGCGCCCAGCAUCAAUAUUUUACUUUAAACAACUUCCUAGGAUAAUGAUAUUUGGCCAGUAGCAUGCUGGGAUG